UCCGAAGCAAAUCGCGUUUUCCUAUUUCGCAUGAUUGACAUUUCCGCGAAGGUCAAGCAACCUAAGCAGGUUGCUUGUGUGCGGGGGUUGCAAUGGUCGGGAGUGCUGUGCAAGCGGCAUAGUCAUGACCAAAAUGCAAGUCUACACGUUGGACAGCGAAAAGCCAAGCAUGCUACAUGGGCUUUGAAGAGACGAGCGAUGAUGAGGAAACAGAUCUACCGCAUCAAUCAUGCUGUAUGGGUUCUCAUGAGAACCGCGACGACCAAACAAGAUUUUCCAACAUAGGAUUGAUCGGCGAGGUAUCGCACGACGGUGCAGAGCAUGUCACCGACGAGGUCUUCAAUGCAUCAUCGCAUCUAUUUGGCGGAUUGCUGUCUGUUUUGGGUUCGACCGUGCUCAUCACGGGCGCUGCCGCGCAAUCAAAUGUUUGGGGAGUCAUAUCGUUCUCGUUGUAUGGUGCUUCGCUGGUUUUCCUCUUCUUUGCGAGCUUUGCGCACCAUGGGAUCAAGGGCUCCAAGCGUCUGAUGGAUGUUUUGCGGACUUUGGACUAUGUUGCCAUCUACUUUCUGAUUCCUGGGACCAUGAUGCCGGUUUGCUUUGUAUGCCUCCAUGAUUCGUGGCUGGGCUGGGUCUUCUUUGGCACCAGCACCGGACUGGCGCUAGUUGGUGUAUGCUUCCAGACCAUGUGCCCUUUGGAGUUUCCAAUGUGGGCCAGCAUGACUAUGUAUGUCACAUUGGGCUGGUUUGGAGCGUUCUUGGCGUUCCCAGCUUACCACUGCAUCCAAUUCGGAGGUGCAAUGCUGCUGCUUCUCGGGGGCAUUGCAUACUCGGUGGGCGGUAUUAUCUUCACGCUGCAACGCCCCAACCCUAUUCCAGGCAAAUUCGGGUUUCACGAGAUUUGGCACGUUUUCGUCUUGGCCGGAGCUGCGUUCCACUACUGCACCAUGUUCUUCUAUGUUUACCCGUUCAUGGGAGAAGGUGUCCCCUCUCAAAGUUAGAGGAUGUGGGCUCGAAUGGU